AUGGCCGCGUCUGGGAGUCUACGCGUUUCCUCCAUUCUCGAUGAUCCCGAGGACAAUUUCGAUUGUCCGCAGGGAUCUCCUUCGUCUAAUGAUUGUGACCCCUCUUUGGCCGACACAGUCAUGUUUCCAUCUGAAAGAAAUCCUUUCCUUAAAUCGGGAUUUGUACCUUCUGUUCAAGAGGAUUUUCACCUUGCAAGUCAUGGAGAGUGUGAUUGUGGAGAGUGUAAGUGCCACGCUGGCUUUAUUGGUGACAACUGCAACUGCACCACAGAUAUCAGCGGCUGUGUGUCGGAGGAUGGCCAGCUCUGUAGUGGGAAGGGCACCUGUUUGUGCGGUCAGUGCCAGUGCAUUGAGCCAGGAGCCUUUGGACAGACGUGUGAGAAAUGCCCAACGUGUCCUGAUGCCUGUGGAACCAAAAGAGAUUGCAUCGAAUGUAGAUUGUACCAGACUGGGCGACUGGCUGAUAACCAUACAUGUCACAGACUCUGUAAGGAUGAGAUUGUCACAGUUGAUUUGCUUGAAACAAGCAAUCCUGAAGCUGUUCUGUGCAGUUACAAGACUGAGAAAGACUGUGUCAUGAGAUUUAUGUACACUGAAGAGGAGGAAAAGUCUAUCCUCACUGUUCUCCGGGAACCAGAAUGUGGCUCUGCACCUGACGCACUGACUGUCUUGCUGGCUGUAGUGGGCAGCAUUCUACUGGUUGGAUUGGUUCUUCUGGCAGUCUGGAAGUUGCUUGUUACUAUUCACGAUAGGCGUGAAUUUGCAAAAUUUCAAAAUGAACGAACAAGAGCCAGAUAUGAAAUGGCUUCCAAUCCACUCUAUCGGCAGCCAAUCUCAACUCAUAACUUGGAUGAAGUUUUCAGUAUGGUGGGCAAAUCCCAUAAUGGCACGAUGGACGGAUUUAGACCCAUUAAAGAGAUGGAGUGAGAUCCUCUUUAACCUUUAAUGGAGAUUUUUUUCUAAAAUAUAAAUAAAAACAACAGCGCAGGAAGGCACGUGUCUCAGACAGAGCUUAUUUGCACAAUUAGUUCUCUGCUGGGCGGUUAGACCCACAACUAAUAAUUCACAGCAGAGACUGGGAGUCAUUCCGAAAACACUGCAAAACGUUGUUACUGCUGAUGAAACUGCUUCAUGACAAGAGGAUAGUAGCUCCAUAUCCACAAACCAAACUGAUACAGCACUGUUUCUUAACUGGUUCUAUCAGGAUCAUAAACCCAACAAGCCUUUGAACUGUGAUGUACAACAGGACUGGCUCAGUUUUGCGACAAACAAAUGAGGACAUUUGAAAGUUUACGUAAUACGUAGGGUAGAGAUGGGUUUAAUACAGUUGUGCCAUAUUUUUAUAACAUAAUACUUCUAUAUUUUUAUUGUGAUUAUUUACUGAGGUGCGCACAGACAGUAAAUCCAACUGUACGUUUAAUGAUCAAUUCAUCUGCUUUUUAGGAAUACAGAGAAAUUUGUUUUAAAUGUAACAAAUCAUAGUCUCCCAAUAGUCAGAUAGUAAAAAAGCAUCACAUUUCUGUUUUUGGUACAUGCCAGGAAGAGUAUUUGGCACUUUUUCUAUCAUUAAAUACAUUUUAACAAUAAGAAAACAUUUCUUCAAUUUAUCCCAAGGACCAACACAGGGUAAGAUAUGAUCACUGUACUUGUUACCUGUCAGGUAAGUGUUAGCUCAGAUAAUAUAUUUGGGUAAAGAAUGUACUGCUGCAAUGUUUGUAAUAACCUUAAAUUAAUAAAGGGAGAAAAAAAAAACAGUUAAUAAA